GUCUGCACCAAGGUGUGUCGUUGCCAAGACGCUCCAUAGUUACACUCCCGGUUAAUAUAUUAUUUUGUGCUCUAGUGUGUGUGUGUGUGUAUUGUUUUCUCUUCACAUUUUUCGUGUGUGAUUAAAAACACGUUGCAGUUUCCUUUUGGAAAAAAGAAAAUUUCCUAAUCAUUUUGUGUUUUUGUGGUGAAAUUGUGUGGUGGACCGGAACUCUCUCUGACGGAACACAUCCUGUGGCUUCUUCCACACACACGCAGGUGCAACUGUGUGCAUUUCAUAAUAGAAUAUAAAGGAUAUAUAUAUAUACCUCGAGUGUGUGUGUGUAGUGCUCAUCACGUCAUCACCAAAUUGAUUCGAUGAGUGACUGGCUAAGGAAUUUAGUAACCACUUUUCGAGUUUUUGUCUGUGAUCGUAGAAUUAUCGUUGUUGUGUUAGAAAAACCGCCAACCAGCAACGUUAUUUCACGAAUAUAAUUAUCCAGGAAUCAUUUUCAAGACAAAAGUUUUGUGAUCCGAACAAUUUUGACAGUUGAAUAACAAAAAAACCGGAAGUGGAAAAAGAUGUCGAGUUCAGGAUGUUGAUGAACAACCGCCCGUCGUCGGUAGUUCCCGGACCGUCGUCGUCGUCAUCCGCCAACACCACCGGAAACCUGUCCCACCACCACCACCACCAACAACAACAACAACAUUGGAGUUGCGAGUACAGGAGCCACACCUUAACGCACCUCGCCCGGCUGCUUCCGGAUGAGACGGUCCUUCAGAAUGUGUUGAGCGAAGCCGUUAGUGGCGGAUCGGAAUAUGGUCAACUCAUCGUCAUCUCGGCCGACCUCUUCCGCGCCCAUUGGCUGCACAUUGAAGCCGAGAAGGACGCCGAUCCGGCCAUCCAGCAGAACAACCACAACACAUUUCUAGCCAUCUUGGAUGUCGAUGGCCGGCCCGUCUCGGGUUUCACUCGACGCGACUUCCUGGCCUGGCUAAUUCACCGGCUCGUUCACCACCACCACCAUCACCACAACCAACAGCAGCAGACGGACAUCAACAGCGGCGGCGUUCAACUCACCACCGCCCCUCUAACAGGUGGAUUGACGAAGGAUUUACGCGAGUACCUGACGACUCGCUUUGCUAAAGGCUCUGUGGACCAUGAGCUGCAGACGACCAUUCGAGACAACUUGUACCUGCGGACAGUGCCCGUGACGACUCGGCCGAGGCGGCCAGGAGAGACGGACGGACUUGACUACACUUUUCUCAGUUUGGAGCAAUUCCGGCUGCUGGAAAAGAACGGAUCGCUGCUCGAAAGGGGCAUUUAUGACGGGAAUUAUUACGGGACGCCGAAACCUCCGUUGGAUUCCCCGUUGGUCUUGCCAUCGACACCUUUAGCCCAGUCAUCGACGACAGCGUUGCUCCAGCACAACAACAACAACAACUUGCCGUCGAGUGGUGGUGGUGGUACCACUUCAUCAUCGUUGCUCUUGUUGGCCGGAGCACAUCCCAGCUCGGAGGGUAAACGUCGACGAAACCGCUCGAAUGUGGAAGCGAUGGCCGCCGCACAGAACGACGGCGAUCCAGACCCCAGCAAUUGCAGCGGUGGAGGAGGAGGCCUUGACCACCAACCUGUCCACUCUUCGAUGCAGCAUCUGAAUCCAUCGCAGAGGAUGGGCGGCGGUGCUAACGGAGGAGGAGGAGCUCCCAUCUGCAACAACAGCAUAGGAGGCAGCAAUAAUAACAUGUCGAUUCCCAGUUACAGAGAAGAUGGAGGUGGCGCCAUGGGCGGAUUAUCCGAAGCCGAAUUGGGACCCCUUCCGCAAAAUUGGGAGAAGGCCUACACGGAACGAGGCGAAGUCUAUUUCAUCGACCAUAAUACUGGAACGUCUCAGUGGCUGGACCCGAGACUGUCUAAAAUCCAGAAAAAGUCGCUGGAAGAGUGCGCCGAAGACGAGUUGCCUUACGGCUGGGAGAAGAUUGACGACCCGACGUACGGCACGUACUACAUCGACCACGUCAAUCGCAAAACGCAGUACGAGAAUCCGGUGACGCAGGCCAAGAAAGGCGGAAGCAGCGAGCCUGGAACGGGCAGCAGUCCGCCAGGGCCUCCAGGAGGAUUACCCACUGGCAACGCCAGCAGUACAGAUUCCGGCAACAGCACCUACCCUCGCCUCAAGAAACAACAGCAACAACAGCAGCAACAACAACAAUCGAACGAGAGCGGCGGAGUCGGAGGAGGAGGACACAAUGGCAACAACCAACCGCCGGCCCCAUUACCCAAACGCUCCAAUAGUGAGUCCAGAUUAAAUCUCCACGGUUACGGAGGUUACAACCGGCCGUUCUUCACGAGAAAUCCGUCCGAGUUGCAGGGCGAGCGGAUCUGUACGACGUUGCUCAAAUCCAACCGCGGACUGGGUUUCACCAUCGUUGGCGGUGACGACAGCGAGGAAGAAUUCCUCCAGAUCAAAUCGGUCGUUCCGCACGGACCCGCCUGGGUCGACGGACGCCUACAGACGGGCGACGUUUUGGUGUACGUGAUGGAUCAGUGCGUUCUGGGCUACACCCACCACGAUAUGGUGAACAUGUUCCAGUCUAUAGCGCCGGGCCAGGCCGUUGCGUUGGAAGUCUGUCGAGGAUAUCCUCUGCCCUUCGACCCGAACGAUCCCAACACGGAGAUUGUCACCACCGUGGCCGUUGCCCAGCAGGACGGCAACAAGGGGCCGUCUCGUCCCGGAAGUGCCGACCUGCUCAUGCAUCAGGGCUCCUCUUCAUCCGAGCAUCACCACCACCACCAGGAUAAUAACGACAUGGCUCACCGAUUUGACGGUGAUGAAUACGGCGAUGGCGGAGUCAACGGCAAUCCAUCAGGAGGCUCGAUUGGCAAGGUUGAAUUCCUGACGGUGCAAAUUACCAAAGGUGCUAUGGGAUUUGGAUUCACGAUCGCUGACAGCGCCUACGGCCAGAAGGUCAAGACCAUAUUGGACAGGCCGCGCUGCAAGAAUCUCCAAGAAGGCGACAUCCUGGUUGACAUUAACGGCAUCAACAUGAGACACAUGAGUCACGGCGAAGUUGUCCAGGUGCUGAAGGACUGCGCUUGGGGUCGCGAAGCGUCCAUUACAGUCCAGCGUGGCGGAGCGGCAACGCCCACGAAAAACAAGUGGAAAAAGGGUGGAAUUAAAGACCAGGACCAGCAACAACAACAGCCGCCCGUCAGUCCGCGCAAACCCCCAGUCGGCGCUGGACUGUUUCGCAGUAAAACGCCCACGGCCGACCUUUACAGCGCCCAGACGAAGGAAGUGGUGCCCAUCAGACCGAAAACGCCACUGGUAGACACUCGCAACCGGCCCAAAACGCCUUCAAUGGGAGUGGGCAUGAGUGGCGGUCCGUCGUCUCAGCCGUCGUCACUGCCGGAUCAUUUGGAACAGCACCGGGAAAUCAACCGGACACCUGUCAACGCUCUGGCGGAGCAGUUCCAGAACGGCAUGAACUUCCAGGACAAUAACGGAGUGGUGGGAGGUUACAACAGCCAGCAGCAGCAGCAACGGAACAUGAUGAAUCGAAGUCGAAGUCCAGGCAGAGAACUGGACUCGCAUCCGUCGAUGCAGAUGCACUACGAGAACGGUCUGCCGCCGGACGCUGGCUACGGUGGCAUGCCCAACGGUUACCCACCGGCUUACGAGUCCGACUACGGCCGGAUGGGUCAACCCUCUCGCAAUGCCCGUUCCGAUCCUUACGCUCCUAAUCCUUACACCGGUGGAUCUUACUCCAUGGACGCCUCACGUCCAAUGGAUUACGGUUACGGCUAUUCAGGAAUGAAUGGACCGAACGUUCCGGAUUAUCCGGAAGAGAACCUGGGCCAGUUCCACCGUCAGGAUUCCGGCUACGGCACUCAACCGCAGUCGGUGGUUGUGGGUUACAGCAACAACAAUAGCAACAGCAGCAACAACCUCCUCCGUCAGAAUGCUGGGCCGGGCUCGUUUGCCCCGCUCAAAGAAGGCACCAGCUUCGAUCACGAAUUGUCGUCGUAUCCGCCCAGCAUGUCGACUGGCGGCCGUCCGGAUGUGGCGAUGAGGAGGCCGGGUCCCAACAGCGUCAACAGCAGCGGCGGUGGCGGUGGCGGAGGAGUAGGUGGAGGUGGAGGAGGCAAUCCAGCAGUCAAUUCGUCGUUGGGUCAGCAAUCGCUGCCGCCGCCCGGCGAGUGGAUGGAAAUGAACGUGACGCUCUUGAGGCACGAAACGGGUUUCGGCUUCCGCAUCGUCGGCGGCACGGAAGAAGGGUCGCAGGUCUCUAUCGGGCACAUAGUUCCGGGCGGAGCGGCCGAUCUCGACGGCCGGCUCCGAACCGGUGACGAAAUCUUGGCCGUCGAUCUGAUGUCGGUCGUUCACACAUCUCACCACCACGUCGUCCAGCUGAUGGGCGCGGCCGCUCUCAACGGCCGAGUUUCCAUCACGGUUCGGCGCUGGAUACCCCUCCAUCCGUCGUCCAUCUCCCCACAAGAUACUGGGUAUCCGGGCGGAGUUGGCGACGGCAGCGGCCUGAUUUACCCGUACGACGUGACUGUGGUGCGUCGCGAGGAUGAAGGUUUCGGCUUCGUCAUCAUCUCGUCGGUGACGAAGGGCGUCUCGUUCAUCGGCCAAAUCAUCCCUGACAGCCCGGCCAAGCGCUGCUCUCAGCUGCACGUUGGCGACCGCAUUUUGGCCGUCAAUCACCACGACAUAUCGAGGCUUCACCACGGCGAUAUUGUCAACCUCAUCAAAGAUUCCGGCUACACCGUGACGCUCACCGUCGGACCUCCUCUGGACGACACCGCCUCCAGCAACGCCUCCAACUCUCACCGGUCUUCCGAUGCCAUGGUAACCGCCCAAGCCUUGCCUGCUCCUCCUGCUAGUGACGGUACUAGGAGCCCCAGCAGAAUUGACGCUUAUCACCAACAAUAUGCCUACAACCAGGAAGAUCAGAUCGAUGGGCCGAUGAUUGACGGAUCAGAGGCGUACCCUCCGAUAGAGGAAGACCAACUUUACGCCGUGGAACUGAGCCGAGGCACCCGAGGAUUUGGAUUCAGCAUACGAGGCGGAAGGGAAUUUCAUAACAUGCCUCUCUUCGUUCUCCGCAUCGCCGACAAUGGCGCCGCCGCUCAGGAUGGCCGUCUAAGAGUAGGCGAUCAGCUGAUUGAAAUCAACGGCAUCAGCACCAAAAAUAUGACGCACGCAGAUGCCAUCGAGUUGAUUAAAAAUGGCGGAAUGGUGGUCCGUCUUUUACUCCGGAGAGGCAACAUCGCUCCUCCCAUGGGUGAAAACGGGCAAAUGUUAUCGCCGUCAUCGACGGGCUCUCCUACGACGCCCUCUGGCAUGAUGGAAAUGAUGAGGCCCAACAGCUCCAUGGCCCAGCCUCAUCACGGCUCUUACGGCAGCAACGGGCCUCUUUCUCAACUCCAUCAGGCGGACAGCCGGAUGCCCAACGGCAUUCCCGUCGGCCACCAACAGCAACAGUCUCAGCAGCAGCAACAAUUGCAACAACAACAACAACUGCAACAACAACAACAGCAGCAGCAGCAGCAGCAGCAACAAUACACGGGACCACCGCCGUACAUGAUGGGCCCGCGCGGAAUGCCCAACGGCGGCAUGCGCGGACACGUUCCCGCUCCUUUGAACGUUCCGCCGAGUCAACGGAAUUUGAACGGGCCUCUGAGCCACAGUUCACCGCGGGUCAUUGGUGCAGCUGGCAACGUGGUUGGCGACUAUUACUGGGGUUCUUGAAAUUCAGAACUACAACAACAACAACAACAACCAUUUACAAUUUUUCUUUCCUCCUUGACAUGACAUAAUUGACAAUCGAUCGAACAAAUCGCGCUCUUGUUCUUGGAUGUUCUUCCACUCCAACACGCCCCUACUCCUCCUCCUCCUUUCCAAAUGUUACAAUUUUUGUUUUGAAACCAACACACACACACACACACACGCGAUCCGAUAAAAAGAAGACAAAAAAUAAGUUUGUUGCGUGUCUCCGUGAAUAAUUUGUUACGACUAGAGAAAUAAUACCGUUGGGGCCACCAUUUAAUCAACGAUUCCGACCUUUCUUUUUUCCCCAAGUGCCUCUGAAAUAUUUGACUCGAAUUUUCUUCUUUUUUUCUCGUCUUGCCUUCUAGAGUGAUUGAUCUUACAUAACUAUUUCGACCACCCCCCCCCCCCCCAAUCUAUUGUAAUGUAAAUAAUAAUUUCCAACCCCCUAUCAUGGCCAACCAAAGAAUGAUUGUAACCAUCGACUUUAUUCCUCUUCCUUUCAUUCUUGCUAAUUUGCUAAAGAAAAAGAAAAAUGAAAAAAAGAAUCUUCCUCCUCCUCUUCUCUUGUACUCCCGAAAAUGGUCGGUGUUGUGUUGACACGGGCGAACGAAGCAGUUAUCACGAUCUCAAGUCACCCAAACAACAUGAGGACGACAUUCAAAUUCAUUGCAGCUUUUCAAUCCUUUUUCUUUCUUUCUUUCUUUCCCAUUUAGAAACGAAACACACACACGACAUUCACAGACAGAUACUUUUUGGAGAAAAAAGAAUUCACCUUGAGACAGUGUGGCCUUGAUAGCGACAAGUUGACGAAACAAUUUCUCCCGACAAACGCGCAAUCGUCGACCAAAAUAUAAAAUUUUUUUAAAAAAGUCUGUGUGCGUGGAAGAUCGCGGGGUAUAAAAUAUCAUUUCCUCGAUGCCUCGUUUGCUGCUUUGUCGGUUAGGGAAAAAUAUUCCGAAAUCAAUCAUCGUAUCUUCUUGUCUCGCUACCCUCGGAUUCCCGCUGUUUGACAAUAGUAUUACGUAACUGACACGAAGAGACACCCACCUGCUUUGUACUUUUUUUUCAGUUUUAAUUCAGUGACCGAUUUGUUAAGGGAGAAAAGAGGAGAGAAAGAAAAAAAAGGACACGACAGAAAAACCUGUACUUUUUGGCUAAUUUGACUUGGGAAAAAAAGAUUCUUAUUUUCCCCUCUGAAAAAAUUUCGCCUUUGACGAGACCAGAUGUUCGAGAGAGAAAAACGAGUUUUUUUCUUUUUCUUUAUCAUUUUAAAUAGCGACCCCCCCCGUUGUAUGUGCGGCCUUUUUAAAAAAAAAAAUUUUGUGGUCGGGUGAGUGAUUUGUGUGUGUUUUUAAAAUUUCAAUUUGACCGCGCCGUGCUCACUGUGUACGCCUUAUAUGAACUAUUAUCAAUUAUUAUGACAUAAAUAAUUUUGUUUUUCUGUUGAUUUUUUUUUGUCUAAAAAUUCGCCCAUCAGUAUAUUUUGUAUAAUGUCACGGAAUUUUCACCCUCUUUGAUGAUUGAGCUCUAAAAAAUAAUUUUUUUGAUUAUUAUUAUUAUCAUUAUUUUGUGGGGGGGUGAAUCAUUCUUUUUGGAAAAGAAAAGAAAAAUUAUCGUUUUGCAAUGACAUGGUUCGUGUACAGUCUUUAAUAGCUGUGCCAAUUUGAGUUUUGCCCCGUUUAUAACAACAAACAAUUCAUUUAAUUAUUUUUAUUUUUGAAUUAUUAUUAUUAUCCUCUCUUAUGCAAUCAUUAAUUUUGUAUGACUGGAGAUUCCUAUUAUCUUCCAUGCAGAGUUGAGAAAAAAAAAUAAUUUUUUUUGUUGUUGUGUGUAUGUAAGUGUGGGAGACAUAUUUCUCGACUGUUCAUGUGGAAAUUUCUUGUUUUUUGGACGUAAAGAAAAAAUAAUUGUUUCUUUUGUUUUCUCUCGACGAUCGUUAUCAAA